CAGGCUUCUUUGUUGCGCCCGUAUUUUGCAGUGAAAGUCGAGGAGGGGGGGAGAAAAAACUAGAGAGGAGAAGUCUUUGCUGGGAAACAAAAUAUUUCUUCUGACCACGUCGCUAUGCUGCUCUGCAAAACCGAUGGUUGCAGGACAGAAAUAGUUGAGGUCCGGACUAUUUUCACUAGUGCUUUCGUGCAACACUAUUCAUUCAUUCCUUACAGGGCUGGCAAAAUGAAUCCGUCCAGCUCCAAAGCUUUCCACUCCCAGUAAAGGGGGGAAAUUGUAGUUGUUACAGUUCCUCCUCCGGUCUUUUAAAACUGCCUAUGAAACCGGUGAUUUCAAACUUCUGCGAACCAUAUCUGUAUUUAUUUAUUAAAGAAGAAGAAUCACAGAGGAUAGUUUUGCGUAAAUCCCACAUGCGCUAUCUUGCUCUCCGCGCACCCUCUGUUGUUUUAGAUCAGUUAAGUCAGAGAGCGGCGUAGUAAGGAUAUCGCAUCGUUAAUGUUUAUAUCUUUUCCCUCUGGUUUCCAAAGUUAAUCGUAGUGAAAAGGGGGCUGGUGUAACAGUGUAUGAGGGAGGAGGAGGGGGGCUGGUGCGGUCGUGGCAGAGCUUUGAAGCUCACUUAUCAGAGCGCAGGGGCCCGGGGACGGAGAGAGACUCAUCAGAGGCAAGAGUCACAAUAAUGUGUGGCGAGCGGAGCUGAAAUCUGUGCGCAACUGGAUAAAAGAGAAAAGUGGGGUCCGGAUGGAGCGCAAAAUAACAGGAAUAUUACAUGCUGGGGGUUUUCUCGCAAAUGGAUUACCAAAGGAAUAUGACAUUCUGCUGGACUGCCCCGUUCAUGUGUGAAAUCGGAUACUUGAGGUAACAUCUCCACCAGUGUGAAACAGGAAGUGUCGUCUGUGAGCAGACAUGGGCCAGAAAGCUGUGCUUCUGCUCAGUGAGCUGCUGCUGCUGCUACUGACAGUCUCGCGCACUCUCCUCGCAGUCAGCUUCCCGGAGGACAUCGUACCCCUCGAUGUCGUUGACGCGCACUUUUCACGGCGGUACCCUGUAUUCAGAGGCAGGCCCUCUGGCAACGAGUCCCAGCAUCGCCUUGACUUUCAGCUGAUGACCACGAUACAGGACACUCUGUUCAUCGCUGGCAGAGAUCAGGUGUACCUAGUCAGCCUGAGAGAAUCCUACAGGAAUGAGAUCAUUCCUUACCGGAAAUUAACAUGGCGAUCGGGCCAAGCUGACAGAGAGAUGUGUGCUGUGAAGGGAAAACACAGAGACGAGUGCCACAACUUCAUCAAAGUUCUGGUUCCAAGAAAUGAUGACCUGGUGUUCAUCUGUGGUACUAAUGGCUUCAAUCCAAUGUGCAGAUACUACAGGCUGGAUAACCUAGAGUUUGAUGGGGAAGAGAUCAAUGGACUGGCACGGUGCCCAUUUGACUCCAAGCAAACCAACGUUGCCCUUUUCGCUGAAGGGAAGCUGUAUUCUGCAACUGUAGCUGACUUCCAGGCCAGCGAUUCUGUCAUCUAUCGGAGUAUGGGUGAUGGAUCAGCCUUGAGAACCAUCAAGUAUGACUCCAAAUGGCUGAAAGAACCUCAUUUCCUGCAUGCUGCAGAGUAUGGGAAUUAUGUGUACUUUUUCUACCGGGAGAUCGCGGUGGAGCACAGCAAUCUGGGAAAGGUUGUGUAUUCCCGCGUGGCCCGAAUCUGUAAAAAUGACGUGGGUGGGUCACAGAGGGUGCUGGAGAAGCACUGGACCUCUUUCGUGAAGGCGAGGCUGAACUGCUCCGUGCCGGGGGAGUCCUUCUUCUACUUUGAUGUGCUCCAGUCCAUCACCGACAUCAUCGACAUUAACGGGGUUCCCUCUGUGGUGGGCGUGUUCACCACGCAGAUGAACAGUAUUCCAGGGUCAGCGGUGUGUGCCUUCUCCAUGGCUGAUAUAGAAAAAGUAUUCUUGGGCCGGUUCAAGGAGCAGAAGACCCCUGACUCUGUGUGGACUCCGUUCCCAGAGGAGAAGUUACCCAAACCUCGACCCGGGAGCUGUGCAGGUCACGGUCCAGCUGCGUCCUUUAAGAGCUCCGUCGAGUUCCCGGACGAUACCCUGCAGUUCAUCAAGUCCCACCCCCUCAUGGACACAGCUGUGCCUUCUAUAGGAGAUGAGCCUUGGUUCACCAAGACACGGGUCAGGUACAGGCUGACAGCGCUGGCUGUGGACAGUGAAGCAGGACCCCACAAGAACUACACAGUGGUGUUCAUCGGGGCUGAGUCGGGGGUCGUCCUCAAGGUUUUAGCCAAGACCUCCACCGUGUCUCUGAAUGACAGCCUGCUCCUGGAGGAAAUAGACAUCUUCAACAGGGCCAAGUGCCUGUCUAACCGUGAGGAUGACAAGCGUGUCCUCUCGCUGCAUGUGGACAAAGACGCACACAGCCUUUAUGUCGCCUUUUCAAGCUGUGUCAUCCGUAUUCCCCUGAGCCGCUGUGAAAGGCAUUCCUCCUGCCACAAGUCCUGCAUUGCAUCAAGGGAUCCUUAUUGUGGCUGGAAGCCUCACGGAGCCUGUGAGAGGAUACAGCCGGGUGUUUUGGCUGGAUAUGAGCAGGAUGUUGAAUUUGGAAACACGGCCCACCUCGGAGACUGUCAAGCAUUUUUGGGCACUACUUCAGCGCCAGAUUACAAAUCAUUUGGCGAUCCUACCUCUGACAUGGAGUUUUCAUCAGCGCCAGUCACUAUCCAGCCCAGUGGGCCCAUACACCCCCCAGUACUCAUACCCAGUCAGAGCCCCAGCUCUGGGCCUGAUCCAGAGCUCUACGGCUCACGCUUUGUGCUGCAGGAUGACCCAGCCACCUCCAGUUCUUUAGACUCUAUCCCAGGGGGCCAAGAGGGUGUGUGGGAUAUACAAGCUGGUGAGACCAACCAGAUGGUCCACAUGAACAUCCUGAUCACCUGCGUGUUUGCUGCUUUUCUCAUGGGUGCCCUACUGGCGGGUUUAAUUGUGUUCUGCUACCGAGACUCAUUCCUCCGUAAACCAAGACAUGUCCACAAGGAUGCAGAGUCUGCACCAUCUUGCUCUGAUUCCACUGGAAGCUUUGUCAAGCUCAAUGGCCUCUUCGAUAGCCCUGUAAAGGAGUACCAAACCAACAAUGAUUCUCCGAAGUUGUACACCAAUCUUCUCAGCACUGGCAAAGACCUGAACGCGCCCAACGGUGACACUAAAACCGUCAUCUUGCGGGAUGGAUGUCAGCCCCCCGAGUUGGCUGCUCUGCCCACACCAGAGUCUACCCCUGUGCUUCAGCAGAAAGGUCUACAGCCCAUUAAAAACCAGUGGGAGAGGGCACAUGGGAAGGUCAGUGGGUCCCGUAAGGAGUCCAACUCAUCUGCCAAGAGUCCUCAGUUCCUUCCUUCUUCUCCUACUCCUGCUAACUCUAGCUCCCACCACCCUCACCUCGCCCUGGGACACUCGCACAUCCCAAGCGCCGUGGUCUUGCCCAACGCUACACAUGACCACCCCAGCCAUGACAAUGGGGAAGAUACACUACCACAUUCAUCUGAAAAGAAGCUUAAGAACCCAGAUUCUAAAGGAGCUAAGAAAGACCAGAAGAGGUCUGUGGAUGCCAGAAAUACCCUAAAUGACCUUUUAAAACACCUCAAUGACUCUGUGGCCAACCCCAAGGCCAUUCUUCAAGAGGGAUCAGUACCCCGCCCGAGGCAGCACCUCACACUCGAGCCCAUGGAGGAACUGACUGAAAUACCCCCCAAGGUGCCCAGUCGAGAAGCUUCCUUGUACUCUCCCUCCUCCUCCCUGCCGAGGCACAGCCCCACCAAGAGGGUUGAUGUGCCCAUGCCCACUACACCAACGGGAAGCCUGAGCAUGGGGGGCACCCUGGAGAGGCAAAGAGGGGGGUACCAACUCCAGCGGAGUGCAUCUCACAGGCACUCCUUAUCCACCUCACCAAAUGGGGUAACCAUGGGGGUGUCUGUGUCUCGCCAACACAGUAUGAACAGAGGGGGUUACAUGCCUCCGACACCCCCCUCCAGACUUGAUUCACAUGGUGGAGUUAUGGCACCAGGAAUGCAUUCAGCCCACCCACCCUCAGUAUCCAGCUACAGUGGGCAUGGCUCACUUCCUCGCACCGGGCUUAAACGGACCCCUUCAAUAAAGCCAGAUGUGCCGCCUAAACCCAAUGGGUUUUCACCACAGACUCCACAAAUGCGAGUAGUCAACAAGUACAGCUAUUAAAAGACCAUGGACACUUCAAAGUGAGUUCUUGGCCUUGACUGUAGAGCUUUGAGCCCUGAGGGCUUGGGGGGAGGGAGUACAGAUGGGAUAAGGCCUAGUGUGUGUUUGUGUAUCAACUUGAGGUGUAUUUCCCCUUUAAAUGAUAUGCACAUUCACUCACACUAAAACCAGAAAGUCAUACAUAUGGCCAAAGAUACUCGUUGGGGCCUCUUUGCAACCCUGCAAGCCAACCUCCCUCCCUUGCCACAGUAGCCACAGGAUAUGAUCAGUGGACAGUGGUGAAUCUGCUGCUGCCCAGUGUAUCUGGGCUUAGGUCUCACCCGUUACCACAUUUGGAGCGAGGUUUAGGACACCAGCAGAGGUCACGAUGGUGUAUGUGGGACCAGGUCAAAAAAAACAGUGGAAUACUUGAAGAAUGGGUCUCAUUUGUCACUCCCCUUGAGCACUGUCUUCCCACUAAUGUGAAGUGAACGGAGAGAAGCCAGAGGCCAUAGCUUUGGCUGUAAGAUGGCAUAAGGCAGAUGGAGGGGAAGAUCAAAACGUAUAGCGCGUGUGUUGUUUUAAGAUACACGUGGCCGUAAACAGCUGAUCAAAACUGUAAGAAAAGAGAAAGUGUGUGUGUGUGUGUGUGUGUGUGUGUGUGUUGGCUGACAGGAAAGCAGAUUUGUGUAAAUGCAGCAAAUAUAUUAGUGCCACUUGCCCAAGAAUGCACCUUAAGACAUUUAAGACCUAAGUCACUGUCUUUCAUUAAAACAACAUAUUUUCUUUGAUCUUCUUUAAACCCCCCCUGGACAGAGCUGAGGUCAUACCUCUUUGUCACUGUUGUGUACUUAGUAAUUAGAUUAGGUUGUGGCGAAUUGGUCAUGCUGGCUGUACACAGAAAUGGCCAACUCAAAUUUUGCUCACUGGUUUGUGCUAUUGAUUUCAGAUAUAGGAGUUUUCCCUGAUGCAUGUAUUCCCCCUACCAGUCGAGGAUAGCCUGUGACAUGGGUGUGCACAUCUGCGUGUGUGUGUGUGUGUGUGUGUGUGUGUGUGUGUGUGUUGUGUUGCAGACAGAGGCCAAGGAGUAGUUUUAAGCAACCAAACGCACUGAUACAUGAAAUAAGAUGUCUCUCUCUCUGGGACUGAAACUUCCUCUAACCUCCACUGCCCCUUUGUAAGAAUUCAAGAGUGGUUCAAGAGUCUUCUGUCUUUAUGUAGCAAUGGUAUUAAAAGAAAAUGCAAUUUUUCAUCUCAUUCUGUAACUGGGUUUCCAACAAAAUGACUUGCUUUUAUAAUCUUUUACUAUUUUAUUUAAAGAAUUUACCAUUUUGAAACUAAAGCAACACCAAUGGUUUAGCCCAUAUAUUUGAAUUCCACAUUUCAAGGCAGGUUUAUUCUGUUAAAUGUCUGUGUGUGCGUGUCCCCUGAUAGAAGAAUGCUAGUUUUUUCCUCCCACUUUAAAUCCUAUUUGCGACAUAUUUAACUGAACCUAGAACAAUACGUGGAUGUACCAUCUUUGUCAUCUGUCCAGUUCUGCAGCCCAUGUUCCCUGUGCAGAUUUUCUUGCGAGUGGCCCCGUGUACAAUCAACACUACAUUUAUCAAUGUGUCCAAAUGAGUCAUGCUGGGAAUGACAAGAUACUGUAUAUACUAAAAAAAUACUAUAAAUAAGGAGUAUAAAUAUUUUUAGGCAAGUGAACCCGAAUCUGUGCGUUGUGUGCCUUAUUCACGAAUACAGUAUAUAAUAUUGGCAACGUCAAUUGGUCCUCUGUAUGUUAUGUCAUAUGCUCGCUAUAUGAGUGAUUUUUACAUAAGCAAAUUGAAAUUUUAGCAGGAUGCGCGUCGGAAAUCUAAACUGAAGCGAUACUGAAAACACACUGACAAACAUUCCAUUUGUGGAUGCGAGUCACACAAAGGGAAAGCAAAAACACCUACUGGGAUAUAAAUCAGUUCGUUCCUCCUUUACUGCCGGUGUUGAAAUGAGUGGUGUUAAUCCACCAGGUAAAGGUGCCAUGCAGUGAAUGUAUUUUUCUUGAACGUGGGAUGUAGGUAGGGUGGUGAGACCUUGCACUGUGGAGCAGUCAGCUCAACGCAGCAUAUCCUGCCCACAGCCGAUGUAUUAAAACAGUGUUCACACAAAAGCCGUCUUUUGGCAUGGCCGCCCGGAAUCUGUAAUUCCCCCAGGAUUGAAGGACAGGAAUUGUUUCUAUUGGCCGGCAGUGACGACCAAGGGAUCAUUUCUCGUUAGCAGUGGGUACUUAUUUUUAAUUUUUUUUUCUUUUGUGAGGGCGGGGGGUGAAUUCUGAAAUCUCAUUCGAGUGUCAGUUGCCUGUUCAAGCCCAAAGCCACAUUUUGUUUACAAGUGAUGAUUGUAUGUAAAGACUUUCUGCCUGUCAUCGAACCAGAGUCUGGGCUGUCUCUUUUCUACUCGACACAUGCACACUGACAUCACAGACACACACUCAGCAUACACUGUUCAACUGCCUUGUACAUUGCAAUAUGAACUGGGUCUUUCAGUUGCAAUCUAAAUUGAAGCCUUUAUAUUUCAGUCUGGUGUACGUGCAGAUGAACCAGAUUUUGUCAUGUAAUUCUAAUUUAAAUACUGUGCAACGUGGCGAUGAGAGGCCAGCUGAUCUCCAGAGUAUUUGAGCGUGUAGAUAUGUUGUAAAAUUGUACUGUGAAUGUGUAAAUAAUAAUGAUGGUCUUUGUUUCAUGAUAUUUUUUUGUUGUUGUUUUUUUUUUUUUCUCCAUUUUUUUAACACGGCAUGUAUAGUUGAAAUAAAACAUUACUGCACAGAAAUUGUGGUG